UGAAUCUGUGAGUCGGUAACUAGGUAUCAACCUCCCCCAGCUGCUGACAGACCCUCGUAUCCGCAUCCCGCGGGACGAUGCCGUGAGAGCACAAGAUGCAUACGCUUCAUUGUCUUCUCCUCUUCCUCUGCGCGCUGCUGCUUGCCGUUCUGGUGCCUGCCGUGCCCGCCGGCUCCAGCAUCACGCCUCCCCCUCCUCUCGAACCGGUACAAUUGCUUGCGCAGUCUCAGGAUCGCCGGCGACCCUGGACUCGCGUGCGGGAUGCAGUCAUCGAGACGAUAUGGGGGAUCCCGCGGAAACACUCGAGGAUUGUAUCCUCGAAAGACCUGACCUACGGCCAUGCUCCGCCGGCCAAGACGCUCGCGCGGUAUGGAAGCGAUGUCGUUCUUCGUUUCCAGAUCAGUAGUCCGCGAGAGGCAGAAGCACUGGCGGAAGCUACCAAUAUCCUCUUUCUGGAUGUGUGGGUGGCCACGGAUGAGUUUGUGGAUAUCCGACUCGCGCAAGAAAUGAUCCCUCCAUUGCUGGGUCUUCUGCCGAAGUCAUUGCAAAAGGCUCACACGUUGUUGAUUGAAGACCUUGCGGAAAUGAUUUACAACUCCUAUCCGUCCUCACGACGCACCAGUCUGGGUGACCAGCCAGUCUUUAGCCCCUCCAUGCAACAAUCACCCGAGAUUUCAGAUCUGUUCUUCCGCGAUUACCAACCGCUGUCUGUCAUCGUUCCAUGGAUGCGACUCAUGGCGUCAAUGUUUACCACACAUGUCCGGAUGAUCAGUGUCGGAACGUCGUAUGAAGGUCGCGAUAUUCCAGCCCUGCGGCUUGGUGUGCGUCCAAGCACACCAGAAGGUGACUCAGAGAGGCGAAAGAUGAUUGUGGUUACCGGUGGCACGCAUGCCCGUGAAUGGAUCAGUACUUCGACCGUCACAUAUGUGGCCUACAGGCUAAUCACUGGCUACGGCAAAUCCAAACGCAUUACGAAAUUGCUCGAGGAGUUCGACUGGGUUUUCGUGCCAACAUUGAAUCCGGACGGAUAUGUCUACACGUGGGAGGCGGAUCGACUCUGGCGGAAGAACAGGCAGCAAACCAGUCUGCACUUUUGUCGCGGAAUUGACCUCGAUCGUGCCUGGGACUUUGAAUGGAACGGAGACGCGACACGUUCAAACCCCUGCUCCGAGCUCUAUGCCGGCGAUGGCCCAUUCGAAGCCGUGGAGUCCCAAAGUUUUGCUGAAUGGGCUAGAAAUGAGACCGAGAACAACAAUUUCGAGAUGACCGGUUUCCUCGAUCUGCAUUCCUACUCACAGCAGAUUCUUUAUCCUUAUGCCUAUUCAUGCUCGUCCGUCCCGCCGACUCUGGAGAACUUAGAGGAAUUGGCUAUGGGUAUUGCAAAGGCGAUCCGUCUUACCAACCGUGAGACGUACGAGGUCACGUCCGCCUGUGAGGGGAACGUUGUAUCUGGCCAGUGGAAACACUCGGAAACAAUGAACCCUUCCGUCGAUACCGCUGGAGGAAGUGCGUUGGAUUGGUUCUAUCAUCAGCUUCAUGCGCGCUACUCGUAUCAGAUCAAGUUACGAGAUAAGGGCAGUUAUGGGUUCCUCCUACCGCCAUCAAAUAUCGUUCCUACUGGCAAAGAGACCUUCCACGGAGUGCUCCUGUUCGGCAAGUUUCUUCUCUCUGGAGACGUCAGCAUAGCCGAUUGGGAAACGGAGUUUGAAUUCUCAGAGGGAGCACGUGUUCCUUCCGAGCCCUCUGCUAACACGGUCGACAACGCUCCCCAAAACAACGGUCAGCAACCUGCGGAAAUGCCCGAUUCUGAAACCCAAGCUAUUGUGGAGGAUUCUGUUACGAUUGAAGAUAUCCUGGACGAAGAUUAUGACUGGUCCCUCCGAAAGUGACCCAAGUUGUACGCUUUUGUUCUUCCGUCAUGAUACGAAUGAUCUGUACUCUUAGCCUGUCGUCCACGUUUACUUGUUGAUAAUCUUUCCCUGAUGAUGCUUCACGGCCCAUGAAUAUCUCUCUGUUUCCUUGCUUUUCCCUCGAAGUGCAGGUGUGGAGUUGGCCCUUUCUGCUUUGGUGAUACUUGAAGUUGAGAUGCGGAUUCGCUUUCUGAGUCUGAC